AUGUCACGCGCGUUCCUAGAGCGUUGUCCUAGAAGGCAUUUGGUGAUACAUAUGGACAUCAACAGGACAAUUAUUCAGGUUGAUUCCGCUGGCCAAAGAACAAUGGAAGAUGCCCUUAACGGCAACAUUGCAGCAAAUGUAUGGGGACGCUGCGAAGGAGACAAGUGGGUGGCUGUUUUAGGGCCUGAAGAAGAGGGGGAUCGUUCUGGCUUGGUAACCUUCGAUAAGUAUGUCGAUAAUUCCUAUACCGAGCCUCCUUUGAUGCAAGAACUUCCAAAAGCCGAGAGAGAUUGCAUAUGGCGUGAUAUUUCAGCGAAGAGGAGGUCGGUUGUGCGGACAUUUACUCACGCUGGUCAGCCAGGCGAAAAUUACGCGCAGCAUGUCGAAGAACAGAGGAAAGUGUUGACCGCAGCGUCUAAUUGUUCCAUGGUUCCAUCCUUUUUCCAACUUGUCAACACACUCUCGGAGUUAAAUUGGUCAUUCACCAUGAUUUUUCGAACAUUCGGUCAUGAUUUGGCUAAUGUGCUGCAAGAGUGGCGACAGUUUCUUUUUGGCGAACAUGCUCAUAAGCCGCAGGGUGUUUUGCUUAGGCGGAUGAAGGAGAAAUACGUUCCUGAGGCGACGGGAUGUAUUUUUCGUGCAGAAGAUCACAUUUUUUUCUGUGUUGGGCCAGACAAGGCUGCCGUGGUGCAUCAUCCAGAGGGGGCAGAAAAAUUGUCUUCUUCUGAGAUCCUGGCGCAGUUAUCGGCAAUGCCUUCCUGCAAAGAGGUUCACCAAACAAAUUUUAUGCAGCUUCAUGAUCAGAUCUUGGAGUACACUUCAACAUCAAACAAUGUUGGUGGAAUAGUGGACUACUAUCCGUUUUGGGCCCAAGGAGCCGAACGGCGUUCUGGAGGAAAGGUGUUUCCCGUUGCCAUUACCUCUUCUUCCUGUGUUACGGCCCCUGUCACGCCGCGGUUCUACGUUUUCUUUGAUGACAACAUCUUUAUUGGGGAGGAAAAAUCAAUAGUGGACCUGAGAGAUAUAGUGACGGGGAAAAGUAUCACUGAUGCUGCAAUAGAGCGUAAAUAUUGCGUUGCUGUAAAUCCAUACAAAGCUACUGUUGAUAAGGAGUACUUUGUGGAUUGCUUGGCGGGGAGAAUCCGAUUGCAGCUAGGGGAGGAUGAGAUAUGCAUCGAUUAA